GUGUUCCGGUGGAAGACAAGAUUAAUAUGUUUAUCAACAGUUUUGGCUCCAUCCAGGAAACCAACAUGGACUACCGUGUGAACAUCUUCCUGCGUCAGCGGUGGAACGACCCGAGGCUGAAGCUCCCGGCAGACUUCAAAGGAGAAGCGCUGACGGUGGACCCCAAGAUAUUCCAGUGUCUAUGGAAACCAGACCUGUUCUUCGCCAACGAGAAACAUGCCAACUUCCAUGACGUCACGCAAGACAACAUCCUGCUAUUUAUCUUCAGGAAUGGAGACAUUCUCAUCAGCAUGAGGUUGUCAGUGUUGUCCUGCCCUCUGGACCUCACUCUGUUCCCCAUGGACACACAGCUCUGCAAGAUGCAACUGGAGAGCUUUGGCUACACCACCAGUGAUCUGGUCUUCAUGUGGAUGACGGACCCAGUCCAGAUGGAUGAAAUCGCUCUUCCUCAGUUUGACAUUAAACAGCAAGAGAUACAGUACGGAAACUGCACCAAAUUCUAUCAAGGAACAGGUUACUACACUUGUGUGGAGGUGAUCUUUACAUUAAGGAGACAGGUGGGCUUCUAUAUGAUGGGAGUCUACGCCCCCACCCUUCUCAUCGUGGUUCUCUCCUGGCUGUCCUUCUGGAUCAACCCUGACGCCAGCGCUGCCAGGGUUCCUCUGGGUAUCCUGUCUGUCCUGUCCCUGUCCAGUGAGUCCAUGUCUCUGGCGUCAGCGCUUCCUAAAGUCUCCUAUGUGAAGGCGAUAGACAUCUGGCUCAUCGCAUGUCUACUGUUCGGCUUCGCUUCACUGGUGGAGUACGCAGUGGUGCAG